AUGAUACCGGAAACAACAUCCGCGCAUACAAUCGGUCUAAUGAGGCUGCAGUACUGGAGAGAUGCCAUCACACGUACUCUCGCCGGAACUCCUCCAAAGGAGCCCAUUGCUAUUCUUCUGGCCUCGGCCCUAUCCGACCUUGAUGCACGGACUCAGGGAAGAGCGAAGAUAAGCAAAGGGUGGCUUAUGCGAUUGAUUAAUGCGCGGGAACAGCAUUUGGCGCACACAUCAUAUCCCACCUUAGCUUCAUUAGAAUCUUAUGCUGAAAGCACAUACUCUACACUGCUAUACUUAACUCUUAGCGCAUUGCCCCUUACUUCAUUAACGGCUGAUCAUUUGGCAUCGCACAUCGGUAAAGCAGCUGGAAUAACUGCUCUUCUUCGCGGUGUGCCGCUUGUUGCAUUCCCUCCACCACCCAGUCAUCAUUCAAGCCAGACUCGGAUGGGCAACGAAGGUCCUAUAGCAGGCGACAGCAGACAAGGCUCCAUCAUGCUACCACUUGACGUUAUGACACAAACAGGGGUAAAAGAAGAAGACGUCUUCAGACUUGGCGCAGACGCUCCGGGACUACGAGAUGCUGUUUUUACAGUGGCCACCCGUGCUAGUGACCAUCUAAUCACUGCCAGACAAAUGCUGAAGAAUUUACGAGCUGGUCAAGACGUUGGACAUGCCUUUGAACAUGAGGGAGAAGAAGGGCACGAAUAUCAAGAUGACCAACAUGAAAAAUCAACAAGCCUGAGCACUCAGCUGCAAGAAGUCGAACGAGGGUUUUGUGUUUUGCUACCAGCUGUUUCCACGAGCCUGUGGCUUAAUAAACUACAAAAGGUAGACUUUGACAUAUUCAAACCGGAACUUCUUUCUACAGAUUGGAGGUUACCGUGGAAGGCUUACUGGGCUUAUCGACAGCGAAAUAUCUGA